AUAUAUGUGCGUGUGUAUGUGUGUAUAUAUAUAUGUGUGUGUAUAUACGUGUGUGUGUGUGACACAACAGGCAGAACAACUGGAAUGUGAGGUCACGGAUUAUAAAUGAGCUCUGACUAAACCCCAAGGCGGAAAACACAGAGUGAAUGUUUCUUUCCUCCAUAGAGUGAGUGGGAAUUACACUGAGGAGCAGGAAACAGCUGGACGUGGAAUCUCACGGGAGGAGAGACAAUGAACGUGGAUCAGUUCCGAGUCCCUAAACUCUCCCCGGAUCAACAAGAGAUAUUUAGGAAAUGUUUCAGCCGGGAUUUAGAGAAUCUGAAGUCCAAUGAGGGACUGGGGGCUCCAUUCUGGGAUCUGUUCAUUAACCUGUGCCAAGCGCCGGCGCUUUCCAUCCUGACGCAAGAGGAGGCUCAGACUUUACUACAGCUGGCCCCGCCCUCUCAGCAGCGUGACGCCGUCCUGAAAUCCGUUGCAGACAAAGGACCAAGCGCAAUAUUUAUCUUUUAUCUUUUCCUAAAUUUGAACAAUGAGGAGAGCUAUGAAGAACUGCCAAGCUCCAAGGAUAAUGAUGAGAAGUUGGGAAUUUUAUCGAUCGCCCGUGACAACUUCCUGUUUGUGUUGCGCAAAAAAGUCAUGGAAUUGGCCCAGAAAUCAAGAUCGGAAGGUGGAGUGAGACCCAAUUCUGCCAUUGCCACAGUGAGGCCGAUGCCGGUGCCUAAUAAAGAGGCAACAGAGGGCGAAGCACCGGAAGAUCCAGAUACCAAAGAUGACAUCAUGAAAAAAGAAAAGGAGAGACGCCCGGUAACAGAGAGAAGCAGAGAGAAAGACAAGAAGAAGAAGGAAACAGAGAAGCACCCCGUGGCUGAUACUGUUGAUGGACCUCGAAACAAGAGUAGAAGAUACUGGGGAAUUAGAAAGGAUGAUGAGUUUUUUCAUUUUAUUAUCAUUUGCUUUGCGGUUGGCUCCUCACUGAUCUCUUCCUACAAUUAUUCAGAUUGGACUGUGUCGGUUGGGAUCGGGCUACUUGCCUUUGCUUCUCUAGAAACCAUUGGCAUUUAUUUUGGUUUAGUUUACAGAAUAAGGACAGUUAUUGAAGCUUUUCUACCACUUCUCAGGAAGUCUCCUCUGGCCGGUUUGCAGAAGGAGCGGUAGAACUGUAUCAAGCUAUGGAAAUCUUCUCCUCUCUACUUUUAUCUUUUGAUCAUGAACUGAAAUACGUUGAAAUGGACAAUCAAACCAAUUGCAUAUUCCUGUGUCACACUGAGCUGACUGGAGGGUGCCAGCAAUAUGUAUCUGUGGCUGGAGGCUGCAUUAUAUGGCACAUCCAACGCUGAUCCUCACAUCAUGUCCCAGCAUGCACUUAGAUACAGCAACUAGAAUAUACAGAAUGGCAUUCUGGACCACUUGUAACGUUGAGCUGAACCUCCUUUAGGAACCCCUAAUCAGAGCUUGGGGACCCCAUGAAGUCAUUUCUAUGUAAUUGUAAGCUUUACUUUAAAAGGCAUCAAAGGGUUAAUGUGUGAAAAGUUGUAAAACCCCACAGUUGUAAUGUUUUCCAUCUCUGGCCAUACAAUAAAAGUCUUGGAUCAGUAA